AUGCGCUCCCCUGGAUCUACUGCUGAUUGCACGGAAGAUCGCACGCAUUCCGACGCGGCCGAAGCGAUUGACGCUUCGGGGCUGGAAGACAUGGAUCAGAGCGGCAUAAAUCGCGACGCGACGGGUGAAAAUGACGAGCCAGACGAAUUUCCCGCUCUUCGUCAGGCCGCCACGACAACAAGCCCGACGAACGAUAACGGGGGAUCGUCGAAGGAAAAGGACGGGACAGUCGCAAAACGGCCGCGACGGAAGCAGCCGUUUCCGUACAAACACCUGCUGCCUCGCGACGGCUACAACUGGGUCAAAUACGGCCAAAAACAGCUAUCCGGCGGGCUACACAUGAGACACUAUUUCCACUGCAUGCUCCGAAACACGGACGCGCGCUGUCCCGCUAAGCGCAUCGUCAACAUGAGCAAGGCGGACAGCAAGGCGCCGCUCAAAAUCGAGUACAUCAACGACCACAACCAUCGCCCGCACCUCCGCAGCGCCAGCAGCUCCCCCGCUCCGCAUCAGCAGCGCGGCGCCAGCAGCAGCGCGGAGAUUUUGCUACAGCCUGUAUCAUCCGGGCGGCAGUUUACCCUCGGCAUUAGCGACGGGCACAUUCGAGGCGCCGCGAUGGGUGGGGCGCUUAUGGAGAGUGGUGAUGCGGAUUCGUUGUUGAAGGACGGAAUAAUUAGCGCAAGCGCGAACGACGGCGGGUUAGACGCGCUGCGCAUGCUAACGGCCGGCGAUGGUAAUGAUUACGCUGCGUUACGACAAACCCUAGAUGAAGCGAUUCGCAAGGCGGCUGCGAGUCGGGUUCAUCAGCAGAGGACUGGCAGCAGCAGCGGCGGCGGCCACGUCAGCGCGCUCCAGGUCAGCAAGCUACUACAGAGCCUGGGCCGGCAGGAGAUGGGGCAACAGUUACCUAGCAUUGCUAGCGGCAGCAGCAGUCGAGGGGGCGGCGAGGGCGGUAUUGCCGGCGGAAGCAGCAGCGCAGCUCAACCGUCCCUAUGGCAGCGGCGGGCGGCAGGAGCACAGGCAGGAGCGGCAAUGGCGGCGGCAGCGGCAGCAGGUCUGAGCUCUGCUGCCAACAACCCGCCGACUUCGUUAAUGGCGGACAUCGCGCCUCUCGCCCCGCGUUCCGCGCUUGGUGCGGACUCGCUGAUGGCAUUCGCAAGUCAGCUAUCGUCGCCACCUGCGCAAGCGCCGGGUGCGCUUGUCGGCGGAGGCUCCCCGUACCUCUCUCCGCUCCCCGGCUCCCCCACCGCAGCAAACGCCAAUCUGUCCAUUUUCUCCUCCCAUGCGGCCACACUCGCUGCUCUCUCAAACCUCCACUGCCAAGCUACCACCUCCCACUCCCCCUCCUUCGCCUCCCCCCGCGCAUCUUCCCAAGACUUCCCCCUCUCCCCCACCGCCUUCCCCUCCCCCCCCGCAUCCGCGCAUGACUUCCCCAUUUCCCGCCCAACCCUCCCCCGGAGCGUGACAGAGCCCACGUCUAGCCCCUCCCCCCCGCUCAUGCACUCCGCGCCGCCGCCCCCGUCGCUAGCAGAAGCGAUAGCGAUGCUUCAAAUGGCGUCUCUCUCCCCCAACCGCACCUCACCGAGCAGCACCCGCCCUGCUUCCCCGCGUCCCUCUGGCGGACUCGUCUCCCCCCCGCCCUCGGGCCUAAUCUCCCCCCCGCACUCCGGAUUUGCCACUCCGAAUCACCUCGGAUUAGCACCGCAGGUGUAUAACGCACAGGCGCAGGGAGGGGGGUUGCUGGGGAAGGACGAGGGGAUGGCUCACAAGCUCGGAACCGCACUCAACACCUUGUUCACGCGGAACCUCACGUCCUCCUCACACACGUCACAUGUCACGUCGUCCCCUCCCCCCAUCUCCCCCCGAUCCGCGCACAGCCAUUCCUCCGCCUCCGCCUCCGCGAGUCCAGCGCUCUUCUCCCCCCGCUUCGCCACGUCUGCUGCUGCUGCGAGCGGGGAUUUCUUGAUUAGUGCGGGCGGAGGGCAGGGUAUGGAGGGUAUGGGGUAUGACGCUUUGGCGCAGGCGUUUUUGAAUGACGAUUUGACACAGCAGUGGCAGCAGCAGCAGCGGCAGCAGCGGCAGCAGCAGCAGCAACAGCAGCAGGGGCAGCAGCAGCAGCAGCAGCAAGGGGAGGAGGUUAAUGUACAGGAGUUAAUAGCGCAGGCUCAGCAGCAGCUGAAGCAGGAACAGAGAUCAGAACAGGCGGGGGGCGGGAAUGCACUAGGAGAGGAUGGAGAAGAGGAGGGAGGGGGAGCACAGGAAGCGGAGGAGCAGCGGCACGAGCUACAACCGUGGCAAUCACUCAUCCCUGAUGACUGGGGCCUUAUGCAAGAGCAACUUGAUGAGUUAGCAGGGCAGCAGCAGGAGCAGGGGGGGGGAGGGGAGAAUGGGCAGGAGGCAGGGGUGGAACUGCCUUGGAGCACUCUAGACUCGUUUCCGCUAGACGACAUGCAGCUUGUUGCAGACCUCGAUUUCAACUCGCAACACCUGAACCUGCAAAGCACGAAUCAGCAGAGCGACCAGCUUGGCUCACAUGCGCAGGGCACGCAGCGUGAUCCCCAUGAGUCCACAGUUCCCCAUCAGGACCCCACUGAGAGGUCGUUCCAGAGAGAGAACCUAGAGGACUCGCUGCUAGCGCAGAAGAUUCUGCUUGCGCAGGCGCAGCUAAUCAGCCAAGCGCGGAACGAUUAUCAGCAGCACAGUGAUGUUUUUGUGGUCGGCGGUGCAUCGCUGGGGCGAGACAGCUCGGUGUUUUUGAAAAGAGCAGGAGAUGUGUUGUCGAGCCCUGUGAUUGGCUCGCCGGCCCGCCACAUCAGCAAGAGCCUGUCCGCGUCAGCAGCUGUGGUGCUGGUUGCUGACGAUGCACCGAAUAAUAUCUUUGCGGGGGCAACACAGGGAAUUCCAAAUCCUGGCCAGGCCGCCGUCUUUCCAACAAGCAGAACCGCCCCUGAAUCCGCCCCGGGCGCAAAUACAACCUCCCCCGGUCCCACCCCGCAGCAGGGCUCCUCCCCUCACCUGGUUCUCUCACCAGACCAGCAGUUAGAGGUGGGCCUGGAUCUCUUUGCUGCUGUCUCAGCCGCUUCUGCCUCCGCUUCUGCUGCUGCUGCUGCUGCUGCCGAUGGUUUUCCUGAGUAUGGAUUUGGAGCGAGAUCAGCUGGAAAGCGAGAUGCUGCUGCUGCUGCUGCUGCUGCUGCGGCGGCGGCGGCUGUGGCAGCAGUGGAAACUUCUGAUGCUGCACUUGGCAGUGCCGGUGCUGCAGGUUCGGCUGGUGCUGGUGACACUGGUUUCACCUGGGCCACACUCCCGACAGGGUCGGAUGAGGCACAGCAUAUGGUGAUAUGUGAGGAUAGCUCUGGGGCUAUACAAGUGGCUAUGCGCCCUCGCUCCCCCAGCGACAUGUGA